AUGUUCUCGUAUGCACUUCGAUUGGUUGGAUACCUCUGUGACAAUCGCCUUGUCCACACACAUAACACUGUACUGGACAUACACCUUUAUAAUCUUCUCGAACCUGAUCUGUUCGAGCCUGAUCUGUUUGGUCCUGCUCUACUCGAACUUGAUCUGUUUGGGCCUGAUCUGCUCGAACCUGAUCGGUUCGGGCCUGAUCCGUUCGGGCCUGCUACGUUAGGUCCUGCUUUGCACGAGCCUGAUCUGCUCGGACCUGAUCUUCUCGAACCUGAUCUGUUCGAGCCUGAUCUGUUUGGUCCUGCUCUACUCGGACUUGAUCUGUUUGGGCCUGAUCUGCUCGAACCUGAUCGGUUCGGGCCUGAUCCGUUCGGGCCUGCUGCGUUAGGUCCUGCUUUGCACGAGCCUGAUCUGCUCGGACCUGAUCUUCUCGAACCUGAUCUGUUCGAGCCUGAUCUGUUUGGUCCUGCUCUACUCGGACUUGAUCUGUUUGGGCCUGAUCUGCUCGAACCUGAUCGGUUCGGGCCUGAUCCGUUCGGGCCUGCUACGUUAGGUCCUGCUUUGCACGAGCCUGAUCUGCUCGCUGAUCUUCGACCUGAUCUUCUCGAACCUGAUCUGUUCGAGCCUGAUCUGUUUGGUCCUGCUCUACUCGGACUUGAUCUGUUUGGGCCUGAUCUGCUCGAACUUGAUCGGUUCGGGCCUGAUCCGUUCGGGCCUGCUGCGUUAGGGCCUGCUUUGCACGAGCCUGAUCUGCUCGGACCUGAUCUGCUCGAACCUGAUCUGUUCGAGCCUGAUCUGUUUGGGCCUGCUCUACUCGGACCUGAUCUGUUUGGGCCUGAUCUGCUCGAACCUGAUCGGUUCGGGCCUGAUCCGUUCGGGCCUGCUGCGUUAGGUCCUGCUUUGCACGAGCCUGAUCUGCUCGGACCUGAUCUUCUCGAACCUGAUCUGUUCGAGCCUGAUCUGUUUGGUCCUGCUCUACUCGAACUUGAUCUGUUUGGGCCUGAUCUGCUCGAGCUUGAUCUGUUCGGGACUGAUCCGUUCGGGCCUGGUCUGUUCGGGCCUAAUCUGCUCGGGUCUGGUGUGCUCCGAUAUGUUGUGCUCGGGCCUGAUCUGCACGGGCCUGGUCCGCUCGGACCUUCUCUUCUCGCGCCUAACCUGUUCGAACCUGAUCCGUUUGGUCUUGCUCUACUCGAGUCUGAUACGUUCGGGCCUAAAAUGCUCGGGUCUGAUGUGGUCGAGCCUGAUAAUAAUAAAUAA